AUGGUCGAGCAGAUUGCACGUCGCCUGCAGGCGACCGCCUCAGACGGCAACUCUGUUCCCACGCUGGCUCGGCGCGUUUGCACGCAGAUGCUGAACUACUGCAUAGAGAGGAAGAAAAAACGAGACCGCCGCAACAUCGUCGUGGACGAGUCUGGCUCCCAGCCCAAGUCGGGGUCGAGCGAAAGCGACGAGGAUAUAUUCUACGAGUGUCCCGACGACAUUGCCGCCGAAGGUGACAAGGGCGAGUCUGGGGACAAUACUGCCAUCGUGGGAAACGGCUCGAAGGAGUUUGCGACAACCAGCACAGGAGGACAGGGAGUCGUGCGCGAGGGUGUACUGCGCCGUUGUGGCGACAUGACGCUCCUUGGAAGCAGCGAGCCCCUCUACAUUCCUGUCACACAGGAGCCGGCUCCGAUGACGGAGGACAUGCUGGAGCAGCACGCCGAGGCGCUGGUCAAGCUGGGCAGCAACCCCGAGGGCGCCGUGCUGCGCGCGCGCAUGCAGAGCGCCUGCCUUUUCUCCGACAUGGAGGCCUUCAAGGCAGCCAACCCAGGAGCAUCACUGAGUGACUUUGUGCGCUGGUACUCUCCACGUGACUGGGUUGCGCCAUUAGUGGAUCAAACAACUGGGCAAGUAAUUGAAGAGGGCCACCUGAGUCAUCGUAUGCAGCUACCUGGCAACACUUGGCAGGAGGUUUGGGAGACAGCACGCCCUAUGCCUGCACAUAGGCAGAAACGCCUUUUUGAUGACACCAAGGAAGCAGAAAAGGUGCUGUAUUAUCUGCUGUCACUGCAUCCAGCCGAGAUUGUGAAGCUGUUGAUACCCAUUUUAAUCCACUGUGCCUUAGCACACAUCAUUGAUCAUGCCCACGAGGGUCCUCGUUCUUUGACAACAUUCCUGGAGCAAACCAUAACUAAGGUGGCUUCACAACUCAGAGGAAAAGAACCAAAGUACAAGGAACUUCUGAGCUUGCUCUAUGAAGCCGAAGUAGCAGUUGCACGGUGUGUAAGCCUCCGAAAGAAAUUCAACCUUGAACACAACACUGCAGACUCUUUGAAUACACCAUCUGGCAAUGAUGGCUCACAUCGUCGUCUCUCAAGUGCUUCUGGACAACCAAGCGGCACAAGAAGCCAGAGUGCAAUUGAUGUAAAUAAGUUUGUGCUGGACCUUGUUGACAAUCCUGAAGUCUCCAUACCUGGUGCAGGCAAAGGCACCGUAGGGAAGCUAGUUUCUCAGCUUUUCGUUGACUCUAUGAAGGAAAGGGACACAGCCUCAGAAGUAGAAGAGGACAGUGAAUGCAAGUUCCCCAGCCCAGUGGCACGCGAGUACAUCCUACGCACAAGGCACAGUCGGCCAACGCCAGCCUCGAGGUUGUCCCCACAGCGCAUGUUCUGUGUCAUGGCAGGAAAUGACUUUCGUCUGGCAGGUGCAUUCACCCAUGACACAGUUUUUUACUAAUGCUUGAGACUAUGGUUAUGUCUCUUCUAAAGUACUCACUAGUUUUUAUUUUUUGUGUUAAGGCCUAAUCUCUUCUCUAUAUGUGAUAUGAUGCUUCGGUGGCAGUCUGGCUUUACCAACAUCAAUUGUAGGCUUUGGUGGUGGCUGGAGUUGGUAAAUGCAAAACUUGUUUCUGUGUGUUACAAUCUUAAAUGGUAAAGGCAUUCCUCCCUGAAAUUAUCGGAGACUAGAACAAACAAAAUGACAAAAAAAAAAAAGGGAUCAUAACAUCCUAGAAUGUUUCACUAGCGUAACAAUAAUAUUUGGUAUUUAGCCCCAGUUGGUUAACACUUUACUAAAAUUGGGCACUUUCUGUGGGGAAUUAACUUAUGAUACAGUUUUUCUCAUUAACAGUGACUUUUUAUGUGCUAAAUGUUAUUUUCCUAGGGCACAUUUUUUUUCUAAUUCAGUUUACUUUCAAUGUAAUUGCUUUGCGUACAUAUUUAGGCAACACGUUUUUUUGUAACGAGAACAGUCUCAAUACAGAUUAACAUAUUGCCUGCUAUUACAUGUGAUUUUUCUUUAUCUUUUACUUUCUGUUUGUGGUCAUAAGUGCAGUAAAGCAGCAUUUCUGUGAAAAGAACUUAUUUAAUAAAUUAAUAUUUUUGUUUCUUGUAGGAAUCAAAAUAACAUGUAAUGCCACAAAAGUACUACCGUCAAACUUUCAUUUAUUAAAGCAAUAUCUGCUGCCAAAAACUUCAUUAGAUCACCAUUCCCCGCCCCCCCUCCACAUGUCUAGCAGUGCAGUUAGCAGUAUCACGGCCGCAGGAUUAAAAAAACAAAAAAUGUACGGUCUGCUGCGUCAAGCUGGCUAAUCAAGUUAUCACUAGCACUAGGAGCGAGCGUCUGUACCAUAGUUGCAUUCGCAGGCCACUUGGCUGGCCCAACAGCACUAUUUGCGGAGGAUGGGAUGCGUCGGCUUCCACGAGCAACAGCGUUUCUAGCAUGUUCCUCAUGCUGUUUCUACGCCGUUCCCAGACAACGCUCCUUGACUGGUGGCGCCACGGUGGAUCAUGUCGUUUUGGAUGUACGCAGCAGGCCGUACCUUUUUUUUUUUUUUUUUAUCUAGCGGCUGUGGUAGUAUUUAACAGUAAUAAUAGCUUAUGGGUGCAGUUAGUAAGCCUCAUAUAGCCUGGUAGCAGAGCACAAUUGCCUGUCUCACUUUGCAGGAUCCAGUGAGUUGCACACAUCUCAGAAUGCUUUACAUUAAAAUGAGUCUCAGAACAAGUCCUAUACUUGGAGACUGUUUAUUGUCUGCUGUUUGUCACUGCAUGUACAAAAGGGCUGCAGAACACGUUAAGCCUUGAUGGCUUUUUGUCCAUGGACCUCAACAUCAAUGAUGUUGAAAUAAAGUAAAAUGAAUUAAUAUAUCAAGUCAGGUGGAGUGAGAGUAGGUUCUUUAAGUGGCAUAGCAGCAUUUUGCUACUUUGCCACACAUGGUAUAGGAGAAAUCAUGGAGUGGAGUGACGUGAGGAUCAUGAAGAUACAAGUGCUGAUAUACCCAGGUGUAUGGGCUGUACGAUGAAGCAAAAUAGGAUUGCUGAGCUCAGCAUGCACAUGCCGAGAAUGUCGCCUGUAAUAGUUGCACUGUAGUGUGAAGAAUGCUGUCAGUCUUUUUUUUUUUUUUUCUUCCUCAUUUGCUAACUUAUUUUUUAUCUGUGGUAGAAACAGACAAAAGCACACAUCAAGAUACAUAUCAGCCCACAUGCAGCUCUUGCUGUGCUGAUGCCAGCAUGCGUCAAUCGCCUGCGACUGUGCACCAUGUCUUUACUGCACUGUAAGAUCUUGAUAAUGGGGAAGUUGAUCAAACAGAGCCAGACUUGCCUAUCACUUUUCCAUUGAUGAGCCUGUUCAGUCUCUUCUGCUGGAAUGCUCUUGAAUGCUCCAUUUUGAAAAGCAUAAAUGCCAUGCGUCUAGUGUGGGUAACAAUGGUGAUAGGCCAGCAAAUGGCAUAGUGAUGCAUUUUGCUCACAGCUUUCACCUAGGUCCUCUCUUAGAGGUUGUGGAAGUGAAUAUGUAAUACAUGAAGACUUCAGUGAAUUGAGAAGACCGCUUUGAAAUAUUACUGCAUGAAAUUGAGGAAAAUAAUCUGUAAUCAUCUAUGAAGCCAUUACAGGGGGCAAAAAUGUUCAAUUGAAAAUUUAAUUCUAUGGAAGUUUGUUGAAUGAAAGUUUGACUGUAGUAGCAACUGAACUUGUAGAAAUGCAAAAGCAGUGAACAAACUGCGCCUAGUUGCCCUGGCAUUUGUGGAGACCUACCAUGUGCAUAUUUGUCUACAAAUUUGUCUGAAAAUUGUUAAGGACAGUGCCAGUGAUAGUGAGUUGCUUUGCUAGUGGCUCAAAUUAGGUAGUACAGUUUGUAAAGGCAUUAUGUCAAAUUGCAUUGUGUCAUCAGCAGUCUGUAGCAUUAAGUGGAAACACAAGCGCAUCGAACUGUAACACAGAAAAGUAGUGCAAUACAUAACCUUUUAUUUCACUAUUUGUACAGUGAAAAUCCGGUUGUUACUGGAUUGCAACUUGUGUUCACAAUGGUCAUUAUGCACUGGCUUCCACAACCUCCUCAGUUGCCCUGACUAUUUGUGCGGAUUUUACAUUUUACUGAAGCAUCAAUCUGUAUUAAGCUUGUAGCGCAAACGUUGGCGAUAGACCAUUUUAUUCACAGCAUCACUCACUCAGCUUAGUACCUCUAAUACAAGCAACCAGAAGGUACACAGCGCACUUGAAAGCAAAAGAAAUUAAACACGAAAUAUUUUAUGUUGAAAUUUCCCAGAUGCUGUCAUUGUGAGAGCAGUGCCUAAGGACCAAUGACACUCAUCAUUACGAUCCUGAGCUUGUGCACUAAAGUUCUAAUGCAAUUGAAAACUUUUGUUUCCUUUUUGUUAUCAGUGUUCUCUCUAUCUCAGUCUUUUUUGACACUGUCCCUGCAGCACAUGCACCUGAGGCAGUUCCUGUGGCAAAUGCAUGUGAUAUGUAUUGUCAUUACUGGUGGUGCACAUUGAAUUUGUAUGCAAAGUUUGCCAUAGUGCUGUGCUGUACAGCAAGGAAUUUUCCUGGUCUUGGUGGUUUGCCACUGUCGAAAGCAGUAGCAGCCAUGCCACUGCUGUCGUGUCCUUUACAAGUGUUUCCACGUUGUUCCUCCAAUGUCGUAGUUUUUUGAUGAAAGUUGUACAUUGCUUUUACGAUUUCAGCCGGCAACACAAAAAUGUGCAGCAAUGUGGUUUCACCACUGCUCCUGUAAUUGGUUUAUUUCUUGUGCUACCUGUCUGGCUUUGCCACAGCGUUCUUUUCAAGGGUUUCAGGAACAUAGCAAACGUUUCCAUGCUACUCCAUGCACACUUUACAUAGCAAGAACUGCAAAAGUGAAAAUGGAGCCACCUGCAUGCAGAUUUGUGAAAGCUUUGCAGCUCAUGAUGAAAGAGCGCAAUCUAACAAAAAUGACUGCACUGAAGGAUUACAGCUGUUAUUUUCGUGAUCCAUGUGUCACAGAUUGAAAUUUGUCACCUGCUAGUACUGCAAAUUACACAUACCACCUGCAGAAAUAUCCUAAUGAUUGUCACUGUCUAGAUAAAGUAUCGUGUUUGUAGACGUUAAGUUGACACUGCAUCUUUGUAUUGCCAUGCAGUGCCCUCGCAAUCGCUUCGUUCAGCCACGAGAAAGAGCAGGCUGCUAUGGGCUCUCUAUGGCACCACUCUACAUCCAUUGGGUUAUCUUGAUUCAGGCCUUGUUGAAAAGUUUUGGAAAAGCCAAUCUCACAUUUGAAGUUUGCGUCUUUAUGAAAAAAGAAAAAAAUAACAGUGGUUCAAGGCACUUUAAAUGGGAAUACAGUCUGUAGCGUUGUACCUGCAUGCUUCUAGAGGGUCCAAUGACCUGCGUGACAAGUUUACACAUGCCCGUCCCUUUAUACUUUGUAUAGCAUACGUUGUGAAGUGAGGCGAUACAUUAACCCCUUAAGUGUUUUAUUUUUUUUUAAGUUUCCUAACCAAAAGUGCCUAUUUUUUUUUUAUUGCUGAUUUCAAAUCAUAUUGUACUUUUUAAAAAGCAACUACUCGAUGUUGACAAAAUAUUUGCACCACAUACUAAGUCAAAUUUUAGCUUUUCAGCCAUGUUGCGAUUGGUUUUAUCGACAACUAGUGUAAUCAGUUCAUCGUCGAGAAACUCUCGAGUGUACUCCAGACGGUCAUCUGGUGAUAUCAGAUUAAAAGUCCUGCCAGGAAUGGCCAAAAAUGGAAACCGAGGAGGCUUCACGCUUGUCGACAUCAAGCUGCACCCACUGACUAGCACUCGCAAUGUUAGCUUCAGAGAUGUUCUCAUCAUCACUAGAAGAACUGCUCAAUUCAGCGUCAUCGCUUUCUUCUUCACUUCCGGACACAAGAUAAACAUCGGUAUCCGAACAUCUUCAUUGGAAGAAGAUGACGAAGAUGAAAAGCUUAUUUUUUGGGUUGACAGGCCAGCUAUGCAUGUGUUGCCACCGCCGGACGCCAUGUUUAAAAAAAAAUAAACACACAGCACUCCUGCCGCAGGAGAAACCGAAAUCAUAGAGUAAGUGCUUCCACUUACUCUGGUGGGCGACACGCGACCUAAGCCGUCGAAGAGCACUUCUCAUCCUGAACACUCAAGAGGAGAACCUAUUCUGGUAGGACGAGCUCCGCUCGUCCAAAACAGUUUGGGGAUGCUUUGGUUAGGACGAGUUCUGCUCGUCCAAAACACUUAAGGGGUUAAUGUAUAUAUAGGAUAGCACAGAAUCACCAUCCAGCGUUUUAACAGUUAAAGCAUUAAUAAGAUUGGAUUCAGUAGCAUGUCUAGUAAAGCAUGUGUUAGGGUAUUCAACUUAGCCAGACCUAAAAAUUUAGCAAUCCGAGGGUUGGGUUUCAAUUUUGUGCACAUGAAAUCCAGGAACUAUGCAACAAUUUCUGCUUAGACCCUGAUAAACCCUCAUUCAGUGCUACUUAUGCCAUAGGUGGUAAGCUGUAGUCGGGUUCAACAUCAGAAAGAUAUACUAUGACCUUUGCCUGUGCCCUCAUCACUACCAGCCAGUGUUCCUCCAUAACAUGAAAGUAGUUUGUUGGCAAGGUUAUUUUUCACUUUCUUUAGUAAUAGAAUUGUCAUUUGAAUGGUAUUAAAAUGUUUUGUUUUUUUUUCACUUUAAGUGUCUACUUCCUUUACUCACUUAUAUUGGCAGCAAAAGCUCCAACAUUUAUAUGCUAGUUGGUACAACAUGGCAAAAGGAUGAUUAGUGACAAAUAUCAACUUUGUGAAAUAGUAACUAAGCUUUCCAGCUUUCAUUUUGAUUCGUCCUAGGCCAUAGAACAUGUUCAGGAAUAAAAAUGAGACUCCAUGAGGACAGCAACAUUGCAUAUUGUACAGAAAAAAAGGGGGAAAAAGACAUUGUCAAUUUACAAAUCUACUUGCUGCAAAAUUUUCAGUGUAACUGCUAUGGCACAAUUUUUAAAAGGACCUUUCGAAGUCUAUGUCACUUUUUGGCCAUGUGUGCUAUCAAAGUUGCCACAUGGUAGAGGGACUAGUGGAAGUUGGAGAUGCUAGCCAGGUCACAUACCUAGUAGUGUGCUGUUCCAGAGCAGAAAACUAAAAUAUAAACACAAGUGUGCAACGCAAAUGAACAUGCACUUGAAUGCAUAUGGUAAAAGCUAUCUACAGUGUCUUGACUGAGGCAUUGGUGCUCCAAAGGAAGUCAAAUGCGUCUUCUUUUCCAGAUGUUAGCACUGCACUUAAUGUGUAUGUGACAAAAGUCUCUAGCAUAUUUUAACAAUCACUUACGAGUUUAAACCAGAAAUAACCUGGCUUUAGCUUAUGUAGAAAAACGUUGUGUGUCAAGUUUGUUAUCUUCAAAAACAUGUUGCAGGAAGCAUUUUUUUAACGGAGCUCAUAGGCAACUAUGACGCAUCUGACCUUAAGUGUACAUGCUGUGACUGCCUGAAAUGAAUAAUCUCAUGUUCAUGGUUUUGGUUGUACUAACAAUGGACUAUUAAAGAUCUUGAAUUUUGUACUUCA